AAUUUAAAAUUUGUAAAAUGUCAUGUCUGCUACAUUCACUCUUAUUCAUAAUAUUUACAAUAAUUCCUAGAUGUCACUUUACUAAAAUUCCCUUUCUAUCAACAAUGAAAUCAUAAAACUCAGUACCUCUAACCCUCUUAUGAAUUUUAGCCAAUCCCAGGUAAAAUAAACAUAUGUAAGUAUUAUUAUAAUUAUUUUAAAAGUUGUUGAUAAUGCCCAUGUGGCUAAAUAAAACCUCUCGACAAGUCUCAACUAUUUUAAUCUGACCGUAACAGAAACCUAGUUUUCAAAAAUUAAAAUUUAAAAAUGGCAUCAACUCGUCGUGAAAAACGAGUUGUUCCAUCGACUAAAAACAACAACAAAUCACCAUUGGUCUGGAUUAAAAAAGCCUCAUCAUCACUCAAUUUGCCAUACCUGCUGUCUUUUUUGACUGAUCCAAAAAAAAUCGCCUUCAUCGCCGGGGUCUUUGUGGUUCUCGAGAUCGCCCUGAACAUCCUGGUGAUUCACAACGUUCCAUAUACCGAAAUUGAUUGGCGAGCGUACAUGCAAGAAGUCGAAGGAUUCAUAAACGGUACCUGGGAUUAUUCUAAACUGAAAGGCGACACUGGACCACUAGUUUAUCCAGCAGGUUUUGUCUACGCCUAUUCACUUCUGUACUACGUAACAUCACACGGUGAAGAUAUACGAUCAGGUCAAUAUGUGUUUGCAUUACUCUACAUCGUGCUGCUGAUCCAAGUGCUGAGAAUUUAUGCUAAAACUAAAAAAGUACCUCCAUAUGUUUUGAUAUUAAUAUUUUGUACAUCGUAUCGCGUUCAUUCAAUAUUUGUACUGCGUUUGUUCAAUGAUUCUCUGGCAAUGAUAUUUUUAUUCGCAAGUUUAAAUGCGUUCCUAGAUGACCGCUGGUACUGGGGAAGUAUAAAUUUCAGUUUAGCGGUUUCUAUGAAAAUGAAUAUUCUGUUGUUUUCACCGGCACUGUUCAUCGCUUAUUUAUGUAACCUGGGAGUAGUUAAGACAAUAGUUCACUUGGGAAUAUGCGGAGUCGUUCAAUUGAUUUUGGGGCUGCCGUUUUUGAUAACAAAUCCUUACGCUUAUAUCGGAGGUGCAUUUAAUUUUGCUCGUGUGUUUGAUUAUAAAUGGACAGUUAACUGGCGAAUUAUUCCUGAAGAAUUGUUUGUUAAAUCAACGUUUCAUUUGGCACUUCUGGGACUUCAUUUGGCGUGCAUUGUUUAUUUCAUACCCAGUUGGAUGACUUAUAUGAAGUGUUACGCAAAGUUAAAAGCCAUGGGACGUGAAUUGAAACCGCAAAUGAAAAAUAAAAAUACUGAGGUCAAUAUGUCGUCAGUUAGUCAAUUAUUUAUAUCGCCACUUUUCACGGCAAACUUUUUGGGAAUUGUAUUUAGUCGCUCGCUCCACUAUCAGUUUUAUCUUUGGUACUAUCACACGUUGCCGUACAUCGCCUGGUCGACUCAUUACUUGCCGGUUACUAGGAUUGUUAUUUUGGGAUUAAUUGAGUUGUGUUGGAAUGUUUAUCCGAGUACUGUUUGGAGCUCGGCGAUGUUGCAUAUUUGUCAUUUGAUGUUAUUAUAUGGACUUUAUAGAAAUAAAGUUAAAAAUACGAAAUUUGAUUAAAUUACUAGAAGAAAAAAAAAAUUUAAUUGAUUGAUGAAAAUCCGUAUUACGUGUCUACUUAAAAUUUUUCUACUCGAGAACUAAAGUUGAAAAUUUCUAUCAGCAAAUUUUUUAUUUGAGAAAAUUUUUAUCUAUAAUAUUUUUAUUUGGCUCAAUGAAACUUUUAUACGAAAUAUUUUAUUUAUAAUCUUUCGUAUUCAUGAUAAUUUUAUCAUUAACUUUUUCGAGACUGAACUAGAAAAAAAAUUACGAACAGAAAUGUCACGGAUACAAAAUAUUGUUUGUUUGUAAAUUUUUUUAACAGACGAAAAUUUUCAAUAAUUUUGAAGUCGAAUAAAAAAAUUUUGAAUUAAAACGUAUUAUUGCCAUCUUAUAAAAAAUUAAUUAAUUAAAUAAAAAUACUGAACUGAUAAAAUUUUUAUUAAUUCGAUAAGAUUGUAAUUUUUCUAAUGAUCGAUAAAAUUGCUAUUAAUUUUAUGAAAUUCAAAAUUAAUGAAUUGAUUCAAAAUUUUAUUCUAUUGAAUAAAAAAAUGUUUCAGUGGAAUUUAAUUAUUAUUGAGUAGAAUUUUCAUUCAAUAGAAAUUUUAAUAUAUUUCAAUUAAACAAAAUGAUAAUUGAAUUUUAAUUGAUCUUAAUUUAAUUGAUGAAUUUGAAUUGAUAGAUUGACGUAAUAAGUCUUUGAAUUAAUUAGUUUAUUAAUUCAAUUACAUAAAUAGAACUGAAUUAAAAAAGUUUUAUAUAAAAUUAUAGAUAUAAAUAAAUUAAAUGAUGCAGCUAAGAAUACAAAAAAUAUGUCAAUAAUAAUAAAUAUUGUGUGAGAAAAUAGUAUGAGUUAUGUACCUGAAGAUCGGAGGGUUUUCCACGGAAUGAAAAUAAAAAGUAAAAAAUCUGAAUCUAGAUUUCUGAAAUAUUUUGCAUACGCGUUCGUAUGUCAGCCAAAAAUUGCAGCCACCCCUCACUAACUCUCAAGUCACCUUUGAGCAGUCAAAUUACAUAAAUUUUUUUCAUUUUCAUUGGGCGCGCGGAAAAAGUAAGCAAAAAUGAUUCUGAAAAGUGAUCCGAAACCACUAAUGGCAUCCAUUAGCUUUUACUUUUGACAAAAGUAAAAAAUUACUAUUCUAUAAGUAAAAUAUGCUAUCACAAAUCAAAAAUUACAGCGUUAGUAUUUUUUUACUAAUUCUUUGUAUCUUUUAUUAAUGAAAUAGUAACUUUUCAGUAAUGUCAAAACCCUGAUUAAAGGCGAUGAUUUACUCAAUGAUGAGUGUAUAGAUAUACAUCUAUACAGAAUUAAAAUCGAAUUUUUUUGAAUCAUAUAAUAUUUAAUCAGGGGAGUCAAAAUUAUUAGACUCAUUUACUGUUUUCCGGUUACUUUCCCUAUAGUAAUUAUGACUAAAUUUUGAAAUCCGUUUUUUCCGCGCGAAAAAUGUUCCAAUCUUUAGAUACAUAAGUUUUUUUUUUUUAAAUAAAAUGAAUUGUAAUAUAAAAAUUUUAUUUUAAUAGAAUUUAUAUGAUGCAGUUUAUAGAAAAUAUAUCAAAGAGUGUGUUACUUAUAUAUUAUUGUAUCAUGUGUGAUCAUUUAAUUAUUGGAGCAAUAACUUGCUCAAGAGUGUGAAUUGUUACAAUAUAUUGUA